UGUCCUGAUUUAUAUCCUGUUUCUACGAAUGGCAAUGCUGGACUGGAUACGUGCUCUGAAGAUGACGUUUGCCGUCACGUUCUAAAGGCAUCCUUUGAUGACGAUUUUCUUGAUUACUAUGCCAUUGGAACCUACAGCCAAGCAAAUGAAACUUGGGUUCCAGUGGAUCCGCAAAUCGAUGUCCAAAAUGGGCUGCGAUACGACUACGGGAAGUUCUAUGCAUCAAAGACCUUUUAUGACCCGUCCACGCACCGCCGUAUCUUAUGGGGAUGGGUGAAUGAGUCCGAUUCACAAAAUGACGACAUAUCUAAAGGUUGGGCUUCAGUCCAAGCUAUUCCACGUGUUGUCAGUUUGGACUGGUCAACAGGAAAGCACUUGUUGAUGGAGCCUGUAGCGGAGUUAAAGCUUUUGCGAGGAAGACACUUACAUGAUGCUGGCCUCACACUGAAGGAGGGGAUGAACAAGCUUGUCAACGGCCUUACAAGCAUGCAG